GGGCGCGCCGCCAUGGGGCCCCGGCUCGGCUUCUGGCUGCUGCUGCUGCCCGCCGCCCUCCUGCUGCACGAGGAGCGCAGCCGCGCCGCGGCCAAGGGCGGCUGUGCUGGCUCUGGAUGUGGGAAAUGUGACUGCCACGGAGUGAAGGGACAGAAGGGUGAGAGAGGCCUCCCGGGGCUGCAAGGCGUCAUCGGCUUUCCUGGGAUGCAAGGCCCCGAGGGGCCGCCGGGACCCCCUGGACAGAAGGGCGACACUGGAGAACCGGGGCUGCCGGGAACGAAGGGGACACGCGGCCCCCCCGGAGCUGCGGGCUACCCCGGCAACCCAGGACUGCCUGGUAUUCCUGGCCAAGACGGGCCCCCGGGCCCCCCCGGCAUCCCGGGCUGCAACGGGACAAAGGGCGAGAGAGGGCCCCUGGGCCCCCCCGGCUUGCCUGGCUUCACUGGAAACCCUGGCCCCCCCGGCUUACCAGGGAUGAAGGGAGACCCGGGUGAGAUCCUCGGCCACAUUCCUGGGACCAUCCUGAAGGGUGAAAGAGGGUUCCCAGGGCCCCCCGGAACACCGGGCUCCCCGGGGCUGCCAGGCCUGCAGGGUCCCGUGGGGCCUCCGGGAUAUCUCGGACCACCGGGUCCUCCCGGCCCUCCCGGCCCCCCUGGCGAAAAGGGACAAAUGGGCUUAAGUUUCCAAGGCCCCAAAGGCGACAAGGGCGACCAGGGCGCCACCGGGCCUCCUGGGGUCCCCGGCCAGGCUCAGGUCAUGGAGAAGGGCGAGUACGCCACGAAAGGAGAGAAGGGUCAAAAAGGCGAACCUGGCUUUCAGGGGAGGCCAGGCCUCGGCGAGAAAGGCGAACCUGGCAAGCCAGGGCCCCGGGGAAAGCCUGGAAAAGACGGUGAAAAGGGAGAGCGAGGGAGUCCGGGCACCCGCGGAGACCCGGGGUACGGGGGGCUCCCCGGCCGAGACGGCGCCAAGGGAGACAAAGGCGAAGCGGGACCCCCGGGCCCACCCGGCAUCGGCGACGGCGCGUUGGGCGAGAAAGGAGACCGCGGGCACCCGGGGGCUCCGGGGCUGAGAGGGGAGCCCGGCCCCAAAGGGUUGCCAGGAUUGCAAGGCCAGCCGGGCCCUCCAGGCUUCCCGGUCCCGGGGCAGCCCGGCCCCCCCGGCUUCCCCGGCGAGAGGGGAGAGAAGGGCGACCGUGGCUUCCCAGGAACGUCUCUGCCAGGCCAGAGUGGACAGGACGGGCUCCCGGGACCCCCUGGACCUCCUGGCCCCCCGGGGCGGCCCGGCCACACCAAUGGAAUCGUGGAAUGCCAGACUGGACCCCCAGGCGAUCAGGGUCCCCCUGGAACUCCAGGGCACCCCGGGCUCACGGGAGAGGUUGGAGAGAAAGGUCAGAAAGGAGAGAGCUGCCUCAUCUGCGACACCACCGGGCUCCGUGGGCCUCCCGGUCCUCAGGGUCCCCCUGGAGAAAUAGGCUUCCCGGGACAGCCAGGUGCCAAGGGCGACAGAGGCGUGCCUGGCAAGGACGGCCUGGAAGGCGUGCCCGGCCCUCAGGGUGUUCCGGGGCUGAUGGGCCACCCAGGAGCCAAGGGAGAGCCCGGCGAGAUCUACUUUGACAUAAGCCUCAAGGGGGACAAGGGAGACCCCGGCUUCCCGGGACAGCCUGGCAUGCCCGGCCGGGCAGGCACCCCAGGACGAGACGGCCUCAGCGGACUGCCCGGCCCCAAGGGCUCCCCGGGCUCCGUGGGACCGAAGGGAGAGCGUGGACCCCCCGGAGGCGUGGGGUUCCCUGGCAGUCGUGGUGACAUCGGCCCCCCUGGGCCUCCGGGCUUUGGCCCCAUCGGCCCCGUUGGCGACAAAGGACACGCGGGCUUCCCGGGAAGCCCCGGCUCCCCAGGCCAGCCAGGUCCCAAGGGUGAAGCAGGACAAACUGUCCCUCUACCUGGCCCCCCUGGAGCAGAAGGACGUCCAGGCUCCCCGGGUUUCCAAGGACCGCAAGGUGACCGCGGCUUUCCUGGGACCCCAGGACGGCCGGGCCUCCCGGGAGAGAAGGGCGCCGCCGGGCAGCCUGGCGUUGGGUUUCCCGGGCCUCCGGGCCCCAAAGGUGUGGAUGGCUUACCCGGAGAGAUGGGGCCUCCUGGCAGUCCAGGUCGCCAGGGAUUCAACGGCUUACCUGGCAGCCCAGGUGUGCCGGGCCAGAAGGGAGAGCCUGGCAUCGGACAGCCAGGGCUGAAAGGGUUGCCCGGACUUCCUGGCAUCCCCGGCACCCCCGGGGAGAAGGGAAGCAUUGGGGGACCAGGCAUUCCUGGGGAGCACGGCGCUAUCGGCCCCCCUGGCCUUCAGGGAAGCAGAGGUGACCCCGGACCUCCUGGAGCGCCAGGUCCCAAAGGAGCUCCUGGAGUCCCCGGAAUAGGCCCCCCCGGAGCGAUGGGCCCCCCUGGAGGGCAGGGGCCGCCAGGAUCCUCAGGUCCCCCCGGAGUGAAAGGAGAGAAGGGCUUCCCUGGAUUCCCGGGCCUGGACAUGCCCGGCCCCAAAGGAGACAAGGGCACUCAGGGGCUCCCCGGCCUCACGGGGCAGUCGGGGCUCCCGGGCCUUCCUGGACAGCAGGGCACGCCCGGGCUGCCCGGCUUCCCAGGUCCCAAGGGCGAAAUGGGCGUCAUGGGGACCCCAGGGCAGCCUGGCUCGCCAGGACCUGCAGGCACCCCAGGAUUGCCAGGCGAAAAAGGGGACCUCGGCUUCCCCGGCUCCUCCGGGCCCAGGGGAGACCCUGGCUUCAAAGGCGAUAAAGGCGACGUCGGGCUCCCGGGCAUACCCGGGUCCAUGGACAAAGUGGACAUGGGCAGCAUGAAGGGGCAGAAGGGGGACCAGGGAGAGAAAGGACAAAUUGGACCCACCGGAGAUAAAGGAUCCCGGGGCGACCCGGGGACCCCAGGCGUGCCGGGGAAGGACGGCCAGGCGGGGCACCCUGGCCAGCCAGGACCUAAAGGUGACCCGGGCAUAGGCGGGACCCCAGGUGCGCCGGGGCUGCCUGGACCGAAAGGCUCGAUUGGCGGCAUGGGCAUGCCAGGAACCCCUGGAGAGAAGGGGGUGCCUGGGAUCCCCGGCCCGCAGGGCAUCCCUGGCUUGCCCGGAGAGAAGGGCACCAAAGGAGAGAAGGGGCAGGCGGGGAUACCCGGCACUGGGAUCCCCGGACGGCCCGGCGACAAGGGAGACCAAGGCCUGGCAGGCUUCCCCGGAACCCCGGGACAGAAGGGGGAGAAGGGCAGCGCCGGGAUCCCAGGGAUUCCGGGGUCCCCCGGCCCCAAAGGCUUGCCCGGGAGUGUCGGCUAUCCAGGAAGCCCGGGGCUGCCCGGGGAGAAAGGCGACAAAGGCCUCCCGGGGCUGGACGGCAUCCCUGGCGUCAAGGGCGAAGCAGGUCUCCCUGGGCAGCCUGGCUCUGUGGGCCCAGCCGGUCAGAAGGGGGAGCCGGGCAGCGAUGGCAUCCCGGGCUCGGCGGGGGAGAAGGGCGAGCCAGGUCCCCCCGGAAGAGGACUGCCCGGGUUCCCUGGCAGCAAAGGAGAGAAAGGCUCAAAGGGCGAAGUGGGUUUCCCGGGAUUGGCCGGGAGCCCCGGGAUCCCUGGACCCAAAGGAGAGCAAGGAUUCACGGGCCCCCCGGGGCCACAAGGACAGCCUGGGAUGCCUGGAACCCCGGGCCACCCUGUGGAAGGGCCCAAAGGCGACCGGGGCCCCCAGGGCCAGCCGGGCCAGCCAGGACGUCCGGGACCUAUGGGGCCCCCUGGCCUCCCAGGGCUUGAUGGGCUGAAAGGUGACAAAGGAAGCCCAGGCUGGCCGGGGACCCCCGGCGCCCCAGGACCCAAGGGAGACCCCGGAUUCCAGGGCAUGCCUGGGAUCGGCGGCUCCCCAGGAAUCACAGGCUCCAAGGGCGACAUGGGCCCUCCCGGUGUUCCAGGAUUUCAAGGUCAGAAGGGUCUCCCCGGCCUUCAGGGAAUCAAAGGAGACCAAGGAGAUCAGGGCUUCCCCGGAAGUAAAGGUCUUCCAGGUCCCCCGGGACCCCCAGGGCCCUACGACGUCAUCAAAGGGGAGCCCGGGAUCCCCGGUCCCGAGGGUCCUGCUGGUCUCAAAGGGCUUCAGGGGCCCCCCGGCCCCAAAGGACAGCAAGGUGUGACGGGGUCUGUGGGCGUACCUGGACCGCCAGGUAUUCCUGGGUUCGACGGCGCCCCUGGCCAGAAGGGAGAGACGGGACCUUUUGGACCUCCUGGGCCUCGAGGGCUGCCGGGCCCCCCCGGCCCUGAAGGGCUGCCGGGGUCCAUGGGCCCCCCUGGUACCCCUUCGGUGGAUCAUGGCUUCCUGGUGACCAGACACAGCCAGACCACAGAUGACCCACAGUGUCCCCCCGGGACCAAGGUCCUCUACCACGGCUACUCCCUGCUCUACGUGCAGGGCAACGAGCGGGCGCACGGCCAGGACUUGGGCACGGCCGGCAGCUGUCUGCGCAAGUUCAGCACCAUGCCCUUCCUCUUCUGCAACAUCAACAACGUCUGCAACUUCGCCUCCCGGAACGACUACUCCUACUGGCUGUCCACGCCUGAGCCCAUGCCCAUGUCCAUGGCGCCCAUCUCGGGCGACAGUAUCAGGCCCUUCAUCAGCAGGUGUGUGGUGUGCGAGGCUCCAGCCAUGGUGAUGGCCGUGCACAGCCAGACCAUCCAGAUCCCGCCGUGCCCCAACGGGUGGUCCUCACUGUGGAUCGGCUAUUCCUUCGUGAUGCACACCAGCGCCGGUGCUGAAGGCUCUGGACAAGCGCUCGCGUCCCCAGGGUCCUGCUUGGAGGAGUUCAGAAGCGCGCCCUUCAUUGAGUGCCACGGCCGGGGCACGUGCAACUACUACGCCAACGCUUACAGCUUCUGGCUCGCCACCAUCGAGAGGAACGAGAUGUUCAAGAAGCCCACGCCGUCCACCUUGAAGGCUGGGGAGCUGCGUACCCAUGUCAGCCGCUGUCAAGUGUGCAUGAGAAGGACAUAAGGAAGCCGGCUCUCCGCGCUCGUCACAACAUGGUGCUAUUCCUUCUUCCCUUCUUCUUCUUUUUAACAGCAACAAACCCUAGAAAUAUAUCCUGUGUACCUCACUGUCCAGUAUGAACCCAUAAAGUGCCUUAUAGGAAUUUGCGUAACUAACACACCUGCUUCGUUGCCUCUUCUUGCUGAAGGACAGAGACAGAGAUAAGCUUCCCAUAGUGGCGUAGCAAAUGGCACUUUUGAUGAAAUAAAAAUCUGAGUCUAUUCUACAUCCGGUGCGCUGAUGUGUAGCGUGAGAACUCCAUCAGAAACCAAGGGUGCUAGGAGGAGUUUGGGGCCUUCCGUUCUGUGGACCGCCGUUCCCACUCUUGUACCACCCCAAAUGCAUUGUUUGUUUAUAUCACUGUCUGGCUGUUUCACAAUUUGGGUCCCUGUACAGGUAACAGUCAUGUAAAAAAUGGUGUUUGAACCUCCAAAUGGAGAGGGCCAGCCGCCCUCCCGUUCAACUCCCCAAUAUAAAUUGAGGUCUUCGUGCUGUGUGUGGUACUAUGCGGCUGCUUUUGCAGAAAUCACAAAUUUACCGUGGGAUAAAGAUGGUCCAAAUGUAGGCAGAAAUUAAAUAUAUAUAUAUUUUAGUAAUUUAUAUAGAUGUCAGCAAUUAGGUCAAGUUUUAGUUUCAUGUCCACUGUUGAAAUAAAGCUUCCACAGGUCCUUCCUUUCAAAGGCGGUCGUGUCCCCGUGUCGGCCGACGCCGGCGGCCGAUGUGAGGCUUCCGUUUCCAUGGCUCACCUCCAAACCAAACAUUGUGUGCUGCCAAAACCAGACCCAGGUGCAUGGAUGUGGUGUCUAGUCUAGGAAUCAUGGACCUGGAGUUGACUGUUUUUAUUCUGUAUUAAAUAUCUUCAGGGUUUUAAACACUAAUCACAAACUGAAUGACUUGACUUCAAAAGCAACAUCCUUGAAAGGCCUUCAUUUGAUUAGGAUUCCUCAUUCCUUGCGGCGUGGGAAGCCGCUCUCUCCUUCCAGAGGCCAGGCCUUUUCCGCACCUGCGCAGGGCGCAUCCUGGGUCUCCCUGGAGCUGUGUCCAGGCUUCGGCAGGGACAGCAGAAUCGGACCGCAAUGCCUGAAAUGACAUUUCCCUCAAAGUCUCCAAAAGCAUUUUUAAGACUACUAAGGCCUUCUGUGUAAUUUCUUUAAAUGUGUAUUUCUUGAAAAUUCAAAUUUGUAAUAAAACUAUUUGUAUAAAAAUUAAGCUUUUAUGAAUUUGUCACUAGUAUUGCCAGAGACAUUAAAACAAAGUUACUGCACAAGCCCCUAAUAAAUGUGUACGCUUUGCAC